AUGGCGCCAAAAAAGACGGCGCAGACGGUCGAGCAGACACAGUUGGGGCCGCAGAUCCACGAGGGGGAGCUUGUUUUUGGAGUUGCACACAUAUUUGCAAGUUUUAACGACACGUUUGUGCAUGUUACCGACCUCUCGGGGAGAGAGACCAUUGCACGGGUGACAGGUGGGAUGAAGGUCAAAGCCGACCGGGACGAGUCGUCGCCAUAUGCUGCUAUGCUGGCAGCACAGGACGUUGCUGCGCGCUGCAAGGAGCUCGGAAUCACCGCUCUCCACAUCAAGAUCCGCGCUACAGGGGGCACUUCUACCAAGACACCCGGCCCCGGCGCACAGUCUGCGCUGAGGGCGCUUGCCCGCUCAGGCAUGAAGAUCGGGCGGAUCGAGGACGUGACGCCGAUCCCCACUGACUCAACCCGCCGGAAAGGCGGGCGACGAGGCCGCAGGCUCUGA